AUGCCAAGUUUCCUUCAGUAUCAACAUCAUUUACGGAUUCUUUGUCUCUCGAAAUGUAACAUUGGUGGAAACUUCCCAAAUUGGUUGUUAGAAAACAAUCCCAGACUAGGAGAAGUUUAUUUGGAUGGAAAUGCAUUCAAUGGAUCUCUUGAAUUUCUGUUCCUUCCUAAUCUGAAAGCUUUUGAUAUCUCCAGCAACAAAAUUCAAGGACAACUUCCUCCUAACAUUGGGUCCAUUUAUCCGAAACUCAUGAUAUUCAAAAUGUCCAACAAUAUGCUUGAAGGCUUGUUGCCUUCAAGUUUUGGUGGCAUGAAAGACCUUCAAUGCUUGGAUUUGUCAGGCAAUAAGCUAACAGGUGAUCUACCUAUUGGAUUGGCUCGUAAAGGAUCCAAGUUAAAUUUUCUGAGAUUAUCGAAUAACAUGUUGAAAGGGGAAAUAUUUCCAGUUUUGACUAACAUCAACAAUUUUGCAUAUUUGUUCUUGGAUGGAAAUAACUUCUCAGGCCCAAUUCCGCAGGCGUUAUCCACUGCCUUAUUAUUUUCACUGGAUUUAAGUUACAAUAAUUUGUCAGGAAACUUACCAGUGUGGCUUGGUGACAUAUCCUCCUUAGAUUCCCUCGCACUGUCCGGAAACCAUCUAAGAGGUCAUAUUCCGCCUGAUUUUUGUAGACUUGAAGGACUUCAGGUGUUAGAUCUCUCUGAAAACAACCUUGUUGGCACGAUUCCAUCAUGUUUUAGUGCUUUACGAGCCUUAAGACGUGUGUAUUUGAGCAAAAACAUGUUACAAGGGGAAUUUAACGUGUUCUCGAAUUCCCAUCUACUAAUGUUGGAUCUUGGAGAUAACAACUUCAGUGGUUCAAUUCCAAAAUGGUUGGACGAAACUUCUGAGUUAACUGCCUUACUCUUGAAAGGAAAUCGUCUUCAAGGCACCAUUCCUCCACAGUUAUGUCAUGCAAGUUACUUAAGAAUGUUGGAUCUUUCUCACAAUAAUAUCUCAGGACCUAUACCUCAUUGCUUGGGAAACAUAAUGCAGAAUCCAUGGGACACAGAUGUAUACUACAGUCCAUCAUUUGGAUAUGGAGACUUCGAGAUGUUUGGAGGAAAUACCUUGAUAGACGUAGAUGACUCAUUCGAGACAACAUCAACAAUUUCAUUUCCAAAUAGUUUUGGCGCGUGGGUUGGAGUAGAGUUCACAACCAAAUAUAAUACUUAUUCAUAUGAAGGUAGCAUUCUUAGUUACAUGUUUGGUGUUGAUUUAUCUUGCAACCAGUUAAGUGGUGAAAUACCCAAUGAACUCGGUAAUCUUACUGUCAUUCAUGCAUUAAACUUGUCACAUAACCACCUUACUGGAACAAUACCAUCAGAAUUCUCAAAUCUCCAGAAUAUUGAGAGUUUGGACAUAUCAUACAACAACUUGACUGGGAGGCUUCCUACUCAACUUCUAAAGUUGACAGCUCUAGAAGUUUUCAGCGUGGCACACAAUAAUUUAACAGGUAUGACUCCACAGCGUACAGCGCAGUUUGCAACUUUUGAUGAAAGCAGUUAUGAGGGAAAUCCUGUUCUUUGUGGUCCUCCAUUGCACAUCAGUUGCACAGAGGCCAAAGAGAUUCCAACAUACCUUCCUGCACCAGAUUUCUCCGAAGAUGAUGCUUCUUUUUUAGAUAUGGAGUGGUUCUGUAUUUCAUUUCUUGUAGCAUAUGCAAAUGUGGUGGUUGCAGUGGUUGUAGUACUUUGCGUAAACCCCUCCUGGAGAAAUGUCUGGUUUUAUUAUAUCGAGUCUUUCAUGUAUUCAUGUUACGAUUACUUUAAUUCCAAAAGUUCAUGA